AUGUUCGGUAGCCUUUUGGCCUGGAUUUUCUUCCUUAUCAACCCAUAUGCGAACUUGUCUCUGAAUCCGAUCAAGCCUCAGCAGAGACUGCGACCCGAGUAUCAGGAAUCGAUUCCUGCCAACGGCCCAUGGGAGGAUAUCAUCACCGGCGUGUACGGUGUCCCCCCUUUGCUGAAGAUUCACGACCGAAGAGGCCGGAUAAAAUGGACGUGGGAACGAAGCGAUGUCAACCAAGCCCUCCCUCCCAGUGUCGAACGCUGCCUGCUGAGUUCUGCGAACGAUGCGACAGAACUUAAGUGGAUGCGAAACGGCACCAGUAUCGCUGCCAUCUACAGCGAUCUCGUCUUGACCAUCAACUACACCCCCGAUAACCCCGCGACCGAUAAGCUCAUCACCUGGGCCGUCUGUAGACAGAAUGAGUUCCUGUGGAAUGCCCAUACCUUAGAGCCAUUACCCGGGAAUAGAAUGGCCGUAGGUACCACCGGCUCACAAGCAUGGGACGGUAUCCUCGUCUAUGACUCCAACCCCGAUAACCCAUUGAUCGACGAUCCACCGGUCUUGCAGAACAUCACUGGCCUCCGUGCCAUUCACAAUAUGAUUUGGGACGAGACGGAGCAGAUGCUGUGGGCGGCAGGGACGGAUUUUGCGGCGGAUGGUUCGGAUGGCGUCCCAGCCUACGGGACGUUGCAGGCAUAUCCCUACAACGCAACCACGAUGGAGCUUGAUAAGGACGACUCGGUUCAAUACAAGCUUUCGGUGGCACAUGGCCAGAAGGUCGAAUGGGGUGCGAAAUAUACUUGGUGGGCUGGACCGCACGAUCUCGUCCCGGUUCCGAAUAAACGAAUCUUUCUCAUGUCUGAGGAUCACGAUAUACACGCCUUCGACGUUGACCGUCGUGAAUUUACCGAGGAAGGCGAGGCCGUCGUUGCGAAAUACUUGCCGGGAUUCGAGACGACCUCGCACAAUCGGCAUGGUUACAACGGCGCGGGAGAAUGGGAGGAAAUACCCCGGUCGGACCUGAAGAGCUUUAGCGUGGCCCCGGAUGGAGCCUACCUUUAUGUGCAGUCGCUAUGGCGGAAAUAUCGCGGGGAUCACACCAACCUCGUGGUCAACGGGCACAAGAACGAUAUCAACAUUGGAGAUGAAAUUUACCGAUCGCGAUGGUUUGCAGAUAUACCUGGCUGGCCGAAACCAGUCACAUGAGUUUGAUUCAACACGUUGCUUCCUGGAGUUGGUUUUGGCUUUUCAACAAACAUUGGAUACUGAUAUAUAGAGCGUUGUGCUUUCAUGCUGGUCAUGAUAAUGAUACCAUUUGCACCCCCAAAGGGUUCAUGAAUUAUAUAUAGGCCAUAUACCCCAAUAGCAGUAGUGUCCACUGUGGUACUA